GAUUUGUGCAGCGUAAACUAUGUGGCCAUGACAUCUGGCGGGACCCAUUCUACCGUGUCCGCGAAGCUCUACAGAGGGCGAUCUCUAUUUGCGACAAGUGGAUCCUAUUGUGUGAGAAGUUGACAGGUCAGAUCUGGAGGACUGACCCCAUGAACCCGUGGAAGGGUGAGAAGUUCAGUCCAGAGGGCCUGUCUCAACUGUCAGCUAGGCUACAGGAGGUCAUGACCUUGCGAAGCAUCCAUGAACAACUGAUCAGGCUACUAUCAGCUGGAGAGCAACAAGAGCUGAGGACCGGUGAUGCAUUCAGCCCAUUUGCUGGCCUCAACCCUUUGCAGUAUAAUCCAUACACUCAGCCCCUAUGGAGGGCUGCCGUGUCUCAGUAUGAACGAGCUAUGGGGCCAGCAGAACAGAGAAUUGCAGGAAAAUUAAGAGCUCAGUUUCGCAACUUGAGCAAGAACUCGCACCAGUUACUGCGGGAGUUCCAGCGUUAUAAGGAACUCAUCAAAAGAGACAGUGUCAAAAAAGAGUUGGUAUCAGAAAGAGAAACACUUCUGCAGCAGCUUCAGCAAUAUAUUAAGAACAUCAAGGAGGAUUUCAACACCAGAGUGAAUGAGGGCAAGCCAAAGCUAGGCAAGAAUCUGCCAGAGGUUACUAACAACAUUGUCUGGGUCAGGCAACUAGAGGCAAAGGUUGAAGAAACAAGCAACACUGCGGAAGCAUUGCUAAAUGAUCUCUCAGGUUUCAGUCGAUUCAGAAAAGAUGCGGUGGAACUUCUGGAGGAACUGCACAACUGGCGGCAAGAUCAGUUUGAUACCUGGUCACAGGAUACUCUGGCAGCCAUCGAGGACACAAGGAAGCCUCUUGGUUUGCAGACAACGGGGCGUUUAAUGGACUUUGAUACCAAAGACAACAAACUAGUUGUCAAUUAUGGUGACAAGUUAGUGACUUUGCUACGAGAGGUCCGUCAACUUCAAGGCCUUGGCUUUGCAAUACCAGCGAAGAUUCAGCACACAGCGAAUGUUGCACAGAAGUUUUAUCGUCAUGGGGUCAUUCUGAAACAGGUGGCUCAUUUCCAUAACACAAUAGCUGAACAGAUGAUUCCGAGUCAGCGUCCGAUGAUGUUGACCUCAGCAAUAGCUUUUCAAAACAUCAUCAAAAACCCAAAGAAAGGCGCGAAGGAAUCUGACGGCAAGUUGCAGGUAACUUGGGAUAACCCGGAAGAACUGGAAGCCUACAUUCAGAAGCUGCAGUCGGCUGCCGAGCGACUGACAACGGAGAACAGACGACUACGGAAGAUUCACAACACAAUUGCAGAAAAGGUUGUAUAUCUGAUGAAUGUUGACUUGCUAAGACAGCCAUCACGGUGGAAAGAAGGAUUGAAUGAAAUCAGGAACAUUAUGGCAGAUCUACACAGCAAGGGCUAUAAGUUAGAGGAUAUGAAAACAUGGAAACUGCACUGGGACAGACAGCUGUACAAGGCCUUGGAGCACCAGUAUCAAAUGGGGCUAGAGGCAUUGCAUGAGAAUCUACCUGAGAUCAAGGUAGAGAUUAUAUACAGGUAA